AAGUACAUGUACCUCUCAACCCCUCCCCCUCCAUUUUCUCAAUUUCAGGGGUCCAAGAGGUACAUUAGGUAUUUAAUUACUUACCAUCGAGAGGCGCAGCUGUCAACGCAGACGAAGACGCUACUUUUUACAAAAUUAAAGACACGCGUCCCAAACUCAAGAUUCAACUUCGUCUUCCUCACUUCGUCAACUCUCCAAUUGUGUCUAAGGAAAGGAAAAAAAAAAACCAACUAAAAUUCCAAUAUGGACGCCGGUGCCCCCCCUUAUCCUCCCCUAGAGGACCGCCCGAUCAAGAACACAAUCGCCCUCUUCGAUGUAGACGAGACACUGACGCCGGCGCGUCGUGCUGCUUCGCCCGAGGUUCUUCGCACGCUCGAGCGACUACGACAGAAGGUCGCCAUCGGAUUCGUGGGUGGAUCGAAUUUUCCCAAGCAGCAAGAGCAGUUAGGCGCUGCUGACCGCCCUGUCACCACCAUGUUCGACUUCUGCUUUAGCGAGAAUGGUCUGACAGCCUACAAGAUGGGUGCCGAGUUACCCUCAAAUAGCUUCAUCAAGUGGCUAGGCGAGGACAACUACAAGGAGCUCGCCAACUGGACCCUACACUACAUUGCCGACCUCGACAUCCCCAUCAAGCGCGGUACUUUUAUCGAGUUCCGCAACGGCAUGGUCAACAUCUCCCCUAUCGGCCGUAACGCUAGCACUCAGGAACGCAACGAGUACCAGGCAUAUGACGAGAAGCACAAGAUCCGAGAGACUAUGGUGGGCAAGAUGAGGGAGAAGUUUGGCCACUUAGGUCUAACGUGAGUUAAUAUAGAAUAAAGUGAAGGAAGGGAAGGAAAUAGCAAAUAGCAUAAGCUAACUUGCCAAAUUAAACUAGCUUCUCGAUCGGUGGCCAAAUCU